CAACAGCAACAACAACAACCGCAUCAACAGCCACAACAAUUUCAGCAACAGCAACAACAACAACAACAACAUCAGCAGCAACAGCAACAGCCUCAACAACCGGGUAUUAUUUUUCAACCGCCAAAUUUGCUUAACAGUACACAGAUCAAGACAACCAUGCC